AUGUCUGUCGGUUCAUCUUCCGGAUCACGACAUUCAGAUCGGGAUAAUGGACCUGCUGUUGAUCAACCAAAUGGACAAGAAGACUCUAAUUGGAACCGUAGCGAGGAACGUAGAGAACGUACACCAAGUCCACGUCAUACAAAUCAUCGAGAAAGAAGUAGAAGUCCAAUAAGAGGAUCUGCAGUCACUAGUGAUGAUUGUGGUCGAUCUAGUGAUGUUGUCAAUCCUGGUGACAAUUUACAUGUUUCAGGCAUCAGUCUCCAUGUCGAAGAUCGUGAUUUAGAAGAACUUUUCUCCAGAUUUGGCAAGGACGCUUGCUCUCACCCUGAAUUGACGGUCUCACGCGAAUGGGAGGGACGUCGGCGCAUCGCGCGGUUUCAUUUUCCUUUGUAUCGCCGCGGUUUGUUUUGGAAAUUUAUUUCCGCUGAGGCGUGA